AUGUACUCUGUCGGUUUAGCCCUUCCUGUAUUUAUUGGAAGCACUCUGGCAGCAACUACCGAUCCUUCGCUCUGGACGACUGCCACACUUGGAGGUCAAACAUUCGUGAAUCAAGGUUUGGUUGGGUUCGGCUAUAUUCCGGCUUCGGCCCGCGAUAGCUAUGGAGAAACUUUAGGUGGUCUGGGAAGUGCUAUAGCACUCCAAAAGGGAACGUUCAAGGCGGGCUCAAAUGGGACAUUUACUGGUCGGCUGAUAGCUCAACCGGAUCGUGGUUAUAAUGUAGAGACUACCAUUGAUUGGCAGGCGCGCCAGCACAGCUUCGACUUUGUUUUCUCGCCUUAUUAUAGCAAAAACAAGCUGGACUUCGAUACUGCUGCCAAGACAUUCAGUAUCCAGUACAAAAGUACUUUGCUAUACUCAAAAGCACCUGGUUUCCCAACUUCGGGUCUAGAUGCGAUCUCCAGCAUACCCAAUACGUCUACAUACCCAGUGCUACCCGCUCCGGGUUCGAGCAGCUCCAAAAUUUCCGUCGAUGCUGAGGGUCUAGUUCUAAACGCGGAUGGAAGCUUUUGGACCUCGGACGAGUAUGGCCCCUACAUCUAUCGAUUUGGUGCAAACGGCACUCUCUUGCAAGCCAUACAACCUCCGACAGCCAUCCUACCGACAAUUGGCGGCAAGCUCAACUUUACGAGCAGCAUCUCGCCAGAAUUCGGGAGAGACGCAAAUCAAGGGUUUGAAGGCCUUACAGCUUCUAGUGAUGGUAGGACGUUAUUUGCUCUCCUGCAGUCGGCGACCAUCCAAGACGGCGGUGGAGACAAGGAAACAAACCGUUAUACACGGCUUUUCGCCUGGGACAUUUUAGCUCAAGGGAGCUCUCCUGUAAUUGGAGAAUGGGUGGUACCUCUACCUCAGAGCAAGAAGGGAAAGACAUACGCACAGAGUGAAAUACACGCUCUCAGCUCGACCCAAUUCCUUAUUCUCAGUCGAGAUGGACACGGGCAUGGAGACGACGGCAUGGAAGCGAAGUCGGAUUACAAGCAGGCAGACUUGUUCGAUAUAUCCAACGCUACGGAUAUCCACGGUACCAAAUUCGAUGGAACAACUCCAGUAGCACCUAAAGGAAAACUCGACAAAAACGUAGUUCCCGCUACUUACGUCCCGUUUGUCAAUUAUCUCGAUUCUAAACAGCUUGGUCGAUUUGGGCUACAUAACGAUGAGCCUACGGAUCGUACACUGAUCGAUGCAAAAUGGGAAAGCUUUGCGCUCGCGCCAGUUUUGGAUAGCACCACCCCAGACGAUUAUUUCUUAGUCACGAUGGCCGACAAUGACUUCAUCACGAUCAAUGGAACUGCACUUGGCAAACCAUACAGCGCAUCGUAUGGACAAGACGUCGACACUCAAAUUUUAGUCUGGAGAGUGACGUUACCGAGCAUCCCGCGCGGGAGUGUUGCAGCCAGCCUCGGCAUCUGA